AUGGGUUCUUCUAGUGAAACCGGAGGAGGGGCAUGGAGCAUGACGGAAGAUAUUAGCUUGUGUGAGGCUUGGCUCCAAGAAUUUUGUGAAAGGGUAAUUGGUUCGACCCGUACGGAUCAAGCAUUAUCUAGUAGGUGGAAAAUUCUUAAUAAAGAGUUGGGAAAAUGGAGAGAUGCCUUGACAAAAGCGAUGAACAACCAUAGAAGCGGGGAAAACUUUAGCAGUGAGAUUAUGCAAGCACAAAUGUUUUUUGGUGCUACUGGGCAAGGGAAAAAAAGUUUCAACCAUACACUAUGUUGGGAGGUGGUGAAGAAUUGGAAGAGAUUCCAAAUUAUUCUAACGGGUCCGCCGAUAGUGUUUCUACUUGGACGGUGGCUUUUCUUGGGGACAACAUGA